AAACGCUCUGCACUGCAUCACUCGCACUUGAACUACAAGCCCGGAGCUCUUGACUGAAGUCUCUAGGCCUUGAACACCUCACCUCCUCCCACUCUCCGCACAAGCCCACCACCAUGGCCCUCCAAGGAUCGCUCGCCAAAUUCAAAAGCGAAUACGCCGACGCCACCUCUCGCAACGUAUCCCAAUCGCGCCCAUCGUCCACAGCGCCCGCUCGCAUCUCCACUCCAAAGCCAUCCACUCCCGCGCCAGCUACCGUCGACCUCACCAAACGUAGCCAUGAGACGGCCUUUGCCGCACCCAGCGGUGGCAGCGGCAACGAGCUCUUGACACAAGUCAAUUUCGCCGUCGGCUACCUCAAGAGCAAGAACCCUCAAGCUCUGCCCUUUGACGAGCUCAUACGACAUCUAUCCCUCCCACUCGACGCCCAGAAGAACAUCCCUUUCAUCCGAACAGCCCUCGCUGGUAAUGAGCGCGUGCAGUUCGUCUCAAAGAGUGAAAGCGGCAACGGCCAUGAUAGCUUCCGCUACCGUCCACAGCACCCUGUCACCAACGCGGAGGAACUCAAGAACUACCUCGCACGCCAAAUUACAGCCAGAGGAAUUCCCGUGAAGGAACUGAAAGACGGCUGGCCAGGCUGCAUUCCCGCCAUCGACGCGCUUGAAAAGGAAGGUGCAAUUCUGGUAACACGAUUGACCAAGGACAACACCCCGAAGAUGGUCUGGCCCGACUCCCCGUCCUACCACGUGCACAUCGACGACGACUUUCGCGAGUUCUGGAACAAGACGAAGUUGCCUCCGACGGAGACGGAGAUCAGGACUGAGCUGGAGAAAGCUGGGCUCACGCCUACGAGUCAGGUGAAGGAGACGAACAAGACGGAUAACAAGAAGAAGGAUCGCAAGCGGCCGAACCGCAGGGGAGGCAUGAAGACGACCAAUUCGCACAUGACGGGCAUUCUCAAGGACUACAACAAGAGAUGA